CUUUGCAGCCUCGCUCUCCAUCCCCCCUUUCUCUCGUUCAAUCUCGCCGCCGACCGCUCUACCCAAGUGAUUUCGUGAUACCAUUGUGCCUUCCGAACUGCUCAUUCAUCCGAUCCGAACAUCUCCAUUUGCUGGUUGAAACCCAAAUCGCCGUCCAGACGGCGGCGAAUGACAACGACUGCGACGCAACGUGGGAAGCCGCAGUCUGACCUUCUUCACCGUGUCUUCACUUCGGCGACCCUGAAGCCCUGGCGGAGACAGCCGCUGCUCCAGUUUGAUAUGGAAGCUGGAAAAAGAAGGCGGGUGACCCGGUCUCCGGCGCAAGGAAGACGGCUUGCGCUACCGCGGAUCAGAGAUCGGGUGAUCGGAGACGACCACGGUAGCCUCAAGGAGCUCCGAGAGAAGCUGCUAGACCAUCUCCGUGAGACUGCUAACAAGUUGAAAAUUGAAAUGCCCCUCAUCGGUCCUGCGGUUCUAGCAUCGGAGAAAGCCGGUCAGCCCAAGCUGGAGCCAGCUCCGUCCUCCACCGGCGGAGAGACCGGUAGGCCUUGGAAUCUAAGGUUGAGAACAACCGCGAGGAGGACGUCGGCCGUGCCUGUACAUUCGCCGGCAAAGAAGAUGGAGAGGACGGUGUGUAUUAGAUCGGCGCGUUCCGAGAAGAAGAAGCGGAGAAUCUCGAUCUCGCUUUCGCGGGAGGAGAUCGAAGAGGACCUCUUCGCGCUCACAGGAUCCCGGCCACGACGCCGGCCAAAGAAACGGCCGAGGAACGUUCAGUGGAGGCUUGAUACGCUUUUCCCAGGGCUUUGUCUGCCGGAGAUCACGCCGGAGCUGUACAAAGUCCCCGAAUAAGCUUUUCCCGGCGAGGUUAACCUCACUGCCUGUGACCAUAAUGCACUACUCUGCUUCUUAUUAAACAUGGGAUUAGAUUGAUCGAUGGCUGGUUCUUCUUUUUCGAAUGUAACCGUAAUUUUUUUGCUCUUUUAUUAGACAAAUGGAAUUGGCAACAGAAUCUUAGUGGAGAUAUCUUCAAAAAUAUAUGUAUUUUUCGUUUUCUGCAUUUUUUUGGUAUAUUUCUUUGUUCUUUUAUUCAUCACAGUGGACUUGGAAUGGAGUUUCGGAUUAAAAAGCAGUAGAAGGAAGAGGUAAGACGUCAAGAUCGUCACCGAUUCGCCAGCUCCUUCUCAGAGCCAGAAUUCAUGUUCUAUCUGAAUAUAAAGACAUUGUUUUAUUUAAUUAAAAAAUUUAUCCUUUAAUGAACUGAUUUGAUCUUGUAUAAAGUGAAUGAUCUGGCGUUUUGGAAAAC